AUGAUAAGGAUUUCACUGAGUUCGUAAGAAGUUUAAAGUACUCUGAAAGCGGAUUAAAAACUGUUAAGCGCUUAUCUAAAUAGAGUGACAAUAUAAAGAUAAAAAGAUUAGCAGAAAAAUACAUAACGCAAAUAAUUAACCAACUAAGAAUAUAAAAAAUUAUAGUCAAAAGAACUGGUAUUCCUGAUGGUGUCAAAUAGACAUUAACCCUUUAUAUAAAAUUUUAUGAUAUCAUCUCUGAAGAUUGAAGAAAAUCUCUAUCAUUUUAUAAAAUAAUUGUAGCAAAAGUAGAGUUUUCUAUUCAAUUAAUUAAUUUUCUAACUAUUGUAAAAAGUAAUCGAUUUUGCUAUCUGA